GUGGCGCACGUGCGAGCAUACUGUUGUGGGUGACUCGAUGGUGGUGCCAGUGGCGAUUUUAGUAAUAUAACGCUCACGUGCGGAGUAUAUGUCUUAAUAUUAAUGUCAUUAUUAUUGUUUUCGCUGUUGUUGUUAUCGUCGAUAUUUUUGCGGCUUACAUUUUUGGACGUCGAAAGAUUAUCUAACAUAAUACAAUCUUGACGUUGUCGUUGUUUUUGUUGUUUUUGUUGUUGUGUCAAAAGUGUAGUGAUUUUUUGCAGACAUCAAACAGACCAGUUACUCUUUUAAUAAAUUAUAUAUACCAAUCAAAUAUAUACUUUUCAGUCAAAGAUUCGAUCGGCUUCACAGAACACCAAAAUCGUUUAUUCAUUACCCAAUCAUGUAGAACAAGCCGACAAAAGCAAUUUCAUUUCGAUUUCCGUCGGCGCCACAUUGGCUGACAACGGGUGAUACAAUGACAAGCRCCGGACCAAGAUAUUAUUACCGACGACGCGACGCAAAUAUAUACGUACAAUUAAAACACCAUUUUCCUAGGACGAUUCUGACGAUGAUGAAGGAGACUAGAUAUGCAAUAUGAGUGUUGGCACGCAGCGGUGAUGGUUCUAUCGACGUCGACGACAACAACGGCGAUGAUGAUGAUGAUGAUGAUGACGACGACAAUGACGACGAUGACCAUCUCGUCGUCACCGGGGUGCCCAGAGGGAUGYGCGUGCAAGUGGAAAAACGGCAAGCAAACGGUCGAGUGCGUGGACAAGAAGGUGACGAGCGUAACGCUGGCACUAGGCAUUGACCCGGCCACGCAAGUGCUGGACAUAUCAGAUAACGAUCUUUCAGCAGCCGGGCUUCCCCACGACACGUUCGCCGCGGCCGGUCUGUCCAACUUGCAGCGCAUCCACGCAUCCCGUUGCAACGUGUACUACGUGCACGACCGAGCGUUCCGAGGCUUGACCAACUUGGUGGACCUGGACCUGUCCAGUAACUGUCUGCGACAAGUGCCUACCGGCGCAUUCGCUGAGUGUCCGUCUCUGAUGAAGCUUAGCCUGAGCGGCAACCCAAUCAGUGACGUGCCGGCCAGAGCGUUUAGGCACCUCAGCCAGCUGACCACGCUCGACCUGAGCAGCUGCGGGCUGACCAACGUCGCGGCUGGCGCGUUCGACGAUCUCACCAGCCUCGACUGGCUCAAGUUGGACGACAACCUGUUAACGCACGUCCCCGGACCGCAUACGCUACCCACCAGUUUACACGGCGUCGAUCUGCACCACAACGACUGGCAGUGCGAUUGUCGCAUGAUCGACAUGCAUCGAUGGCUCACCGCUUCACGGAUGUCGGUCGCCGAGGAGCCUGUGUGCUCGGGCCCAGCUGCUUACGCCAACGUGCCGGUGCGCCGAGUGUCGGUGGCCGACCUGGCGUGUGCACCGGCCGCGUACCCUGCCACGCAAAUGGUGCAGGAUGUGGCAGAGGGCGUCAACGUAUCAUUCCGGUGCCUUGUGGCCGCCACCCCAGCGGCCACGGUCGAGUGGCUGUACGGCGGCGUACCCGUGUACCGCCACAACGCGUCCGAGCUCAUCACCGUGGACGGAAAUACGACCGCCGAGCUGUACGUAUACAACGCGAGCGUGGCUGAUGCCGGUUCGUACGCUUGCGUGGCCGAGAACCGGGCUGGCAGGUCUCGCGUCAACUUUACGGUCACCAUCCGACCCGGACGACCGUUCCUGGCCRCGGGUACCGUCGACGAUCGUUCCGCACCGUCCCAAUCGUCGUCGGCCACGUCAGGUGCCGGUGGAGGGACCAGCGGAGGUGAUAGCCGACCACUCUUGUACGUCGGUUGUUUGGCUGCAGGCUCGGUAGCGCUGUCGGCCGUGGCCGCCUUACUGGUGGCCAUCCGAUGCAGGCGGUUUAAACGCUCCAGCGCUGGCGGCCGAACCUGCGACUCGUCGUCCACUGGCAAGCGAAGGCCCACAAUACCCGUGGCCGACGGUUAUCGGGCCGUCAGCACGACAGCUGACAAAGAGAUCUCAAUACCUACGGCUCGUGGCCCAUUGUCGACGCGCGCGACUACCACCUUGGUGACGGUAACGGCGGCGGGACAGACGGGGACUGACGACACCACCGUCGCGACGGCUGAGAGCAAUCCAGACGUGGUGAGCGACGUGAAACGCACCGGAUGGGAGAUCGAUUUCGAACAGAUCGUUUGGGCCGAAUGUCCGCCGGCCACCGGUUACGUUUCCAUACAGAUACCGGUGCAGUGCGGCAUCGAGUGUCUGGGUGCGUAUUACGCGACCACCGCCGAUGCCAUGGCCGGAAACCACUGUGGCGGGGCCACGGUCCGGAGACAGCACAGACGAGCUGCCGUGUUGACCGCGUACGACGACACCAUGCAGGUGGUGCGCACCACCGCGCAGGGGGGUUAUCCAACGACGACCACGGGGCCCGGAACGAUUGGCAUCCCUGAUGAGGCCGCUGCGUUUCGAACCGCUGUAACGCCACCCACUAUUGUCGUGGACGACCCCGACGACGGCGGCGGUGGCAGUGUUGGUGGCGUCACACCCAUUAUCAGCCCACCGUUACCGUUCCGGUCCGGUGACGAAGACGGCGGCGACAAAGACGACUCCAUUGCGCUGUAAUAAAAGCGAA